UAGAAUCGCUCCUGUAGGAAAGAACGCAUGAAGCUCGUCCUUGUGUCAGCUUCAGCGCGUUCACGAUACCGGCACACUAGCUGCAUGAUGGCUGAGGGAGGCGGACCCGAGUCGGGCAGCGCGGCAGACUCGGAGCCGGUAGCCACACAAAUGCCUACCCCUUCAACAGAGAAUCAGAAACAAACUAUUGGGUCAUUGUUAAAGACAAGUCUAAAAAGGGGUGACGAAUGGUAUCUAAUAGACAGCCGGUGGUUCAAACAGUGGAAGAAGUAUGUGGGGUUUGACAGCUGGGAUAUGUACAAUGUUGGAGAGCGUAGCCUGUAUCCAGGACCAAUCGAUAACUCUGGGCUAUUUUCAGACCAGGAGACUCAGGCCCUGAAAGAGCACCUUAUAGAUGAGCUAGACUAUGUCCUUGUACCAACUGAGGCAUGGAAUAAGCUUGUCAACUGGUAUGGCUGCCUUGAGGGCCAGGAACCCAUUGUCAGGAAGGUGGUUGAACAUGGCAUGUUUGUGAAGCACUGUAAGGUGGAAGUCUAUCUGCUUGAGCUGAACUUGUGUGAGAAUGACAACAUGGACAAUGUCAUCACACGUCAUUUCAGUAAAGCUGAUACUAUAGAUGCUAUAGAGAAGGAGAUGCGAAAUUUGUUCAAUAUCCCUUCAGAAAAGGAGAUCCGACUCUGGAACAAAUAUAUGAGCAACACCUAUGAACAGCUGAACAAGCCAGACAGCACUGUACAGGAUGCUGGGCUCUUCCAGGGGCAGGUUCUUGUGAUUGAAAGCAAGAAUGAGGACGGCACGUGGCCCAGACAAGCUUCCCAUCCCAACAGAUCCAGUGCAACCCCAUCUCGAAAUUUCACCACCUCCCCAAAGCUUUCCUCAAGCUCCUCAGUCAGUAUGUCCUCAACAGUAACCAAUGGAGACAACAGCUGUAGCCCUGGAUACACGCUGAACAACAGCACCUCCUCCAGCAACAGAUUUGGGAGCUACAACUCUUACAGCUCCUCCUACAACUACAGAGAGUCACAAUCGCAACCUGGUUUAUGCGGUCUCAGUAAUUUAGGCAACACAUGCUUCAUGAACUCUGCACUUCAGUGCCUGAGCAACGUGUCUCCACUCACAGAGUACUUCCUCAAUGAUCAGUAUGAAGCCGAAAUUAACCGUGAGAAUCCGUUGGGAAUGAGGGGGGAGAUUGCUGAGGCCUAUGCAGAUCUUGUAAAGCAGAUGUGGAUGAGCCGCAGCAGUUAUGUGGCACCGCGCACAUUUAAAACCCAGGUUGGACGCUUUGCUCCGCAGUUUUCAGGCUACCAGCAACAGGACUCGCAGGAAUUGUUGGCCUUCCUGUUGGAUGGGCUUCAUGAAGAUUUGAAUCGUGUCAAGAAGAAGCCUUAUCUGGCCCUGAGGGAUGCUGAGGGCCGUCUAGAUGAAAUUGUUGCCAAGGAAGCCUGGACGAACCACCGCUUGCGCAAUGACUCAGUAAUAGUUGACAUUUUCCACGGGCUUUUCAAAUCAACACUGGUGUGUCCAGAGUGCGAUAAGGUGUCUGUAACCUUUGACCCCUUUUGCUACCUCACGCUACCUCUCCCAAUGAAAAAAGACCGUACCAUGGAGGUUUUCUUGGUGCGGUCAGACCCUCAGUCCAGACCCACACAAUAUCGAGUGGUGGUCCCCAAACUGGGCUCAGUGACAGACCUCUGCAGCGCCUUGUCCAAACUCUGUGGAAUUCCUUCAGAAAAUAUGGUGGUUGCAGAUGUUUACAAUCAUAGGUUCCACAAGAUUUACAGACGAGAUGAUGGCCUCAACCAUAUCAUGGAAAAAGACGACAUUUUUGUGUAUGAGGUGCAGGAGGAGGACAACGAAAGGAUGAACCUGCCUGUAUAUUUCAGGGAGCGCAACUCGAAGCAUGUUGGAAGCUCUUCAAGCACCUCGCUGUUUGGCCAACCUUUACUCAUCAGUGUACCCCGACAUAACCUGGUAGCAGAUGUUCUUUAUGACAAGAUCCUGGAAAGAAUUGGGCGUUAUGUAAAACCUGCACACACCCCAAAUGGUGAAAGCAAGGCGUCAGCAUCUGCCACCUUGUCCAGCUGCAGCCAGGCUCCUGAAUGUUCCACAGCGUCCAGUCUGGGUGGCUGUGGCAGCCCCCACUCAGAGGGGGCCUCGUGCAGUGCCAGCUCCAGUAAUGGCAGCAACCACUCGGGGCCAUGCAGUGAAGCUAAUGGGAUCAAUGAUGGUGAAGAGGAGGCCAUGGACCACCAGGUAAGCCCAGAACCAGAGAAUGGUCACUCUGAGGAAGAGGAGGAAACAUCUGAUUUGGAAAACGGGUCCAGAGGGGAGACAACAAAGCUCUUCACUUUCAGCAUAGUCAACUCUUAUGGAACGGUCAACAUCAGCCCGCUGCCUUGUGAUGGAAAUGUCCUCAAGCUCAAUCCACAUUCUACGGUGGCGAUUGACUGGGACAUCGAGUCAAAGAAACACUGUUAUGACGAGCACGAAGCAGAGGCCUAUGAGAAGCAUGAGAGCAUGUUGCUGCCUCAAAGAAAGAAAACCACUGUGGCUCUGAAGGAAUGUAUCGAGCUCUUUACGACAAGGGAGAUUCUGGGAGAACAUGACCCCUGGUAUUGUCCAGCGUGUAAAAAACAUCAACAGGCCUCAAAAAAGUUUGACUUGUGGUCGCUGCCUCGCAUUCUGGUCGUUCACCUAAAGCGUUUCUCCUACAACCGAUGUUGGAGGGACAAGCUCGACACGCUGGUGGAUUUUCCCAUCAGGGAUCUAAACAUGUCAGAGUUUGUUUGCGACCCGAAGGCGAGCCCUUAUGUCUACGACCUUAUUGCAGUUUCAAACCACUAUGGAGGAAUGGGAGGUGGCCACUACACGGCUUAUGGAAAGAAUAAAGUGGAUGAGAAGUGGUAUUACUUUGACGACAGCAGCGUCUCGUCUGCCGCUGAGGACCAGAUUGUGACUAAAGCCGCCUACGUGCUGUUCUAUCAGCGCAGAGACGAGGAAAGCCCCUCCAAACCUCAGCCUUCAGCCUCGCAGGGAGGAGCCCCUGACUCAGCUGAUGACCACAUGGACACAAACUGAGGAGCUCCGACACGAACACACACACACAGGCUGAAAAGCAUAUGGCAGACGGACACUUGGAUACGCACACACAAUGCUUCUUUUGUGACCAGGACUCCACAGACUGAUUAAUCCCUCCUCUCCUGUAUUUUAUUUUUUGGCUCGAGCCAACAGCCUUGUGUGAAGAGUGAACUGGGAGCCUUCCUCUCUGCAGCGCGUUGAUUUCUGGUCAGGAUCUACAAGUCUGGAACGAAGAGGAAUUUAAAUAAACACAGAUCCUCUCGCUGGAUGAACAGAAUGUUAGAAGUGCCCUCAAAAUGUGUAGAUAAGCAAAUGUUUCUGUUGCCCACAAGAAAAAAAAAAUAUUAAUGAAGAAAAGCCAAAUGCUCAUAUUGUUUGAACCAAAGCAUUUCUAGGUAUUUAUGAAAUGAAGCAGAAGUUAGCAAGACGCUGGUGUUGUCUAAAUUAGUUGCUAUGUCCUGAUGUAAAUGCAAACUUAACAGUGAGGUGUGCUCACAGAAUGAUAAAUGCUCAUAAGACCACAACCUUCAUGCAACUGGUUUUUAAUGGGUCCACGGGGCUCCAGACCUGCUCCUUUGUUGCAAUCUGUUCUUUUCAAGGUUUGGAGCAUCUGUCCUGACGAUUAAAAACCAUUUGGCCUUGUUUUAUUUUUCUCCUAAAUUCACAGCCUUGGUUACAUCACCUCUGAAGAGUUCUACCCUGCUAACAUGUUUUUAGUCUUUAUUUAUUUUUUUUUUGGAAUCACAACGGUGGGAGUGGCCUUUCUAUCCCUGCAACCUGACGAAAGAGGAGGCACUUUCAAAGCUUCACAAGAACAUGAUCUACCUGCUUCUAGUGCAACUAGACAUGGCUGAAGUGUGCGGCGCGGCUGCGGCGUUAACGGUCGCAGUCCGCCGCACGCUCCACGCCUCAUUUGACCAUUUUGAAGGACAAAUUGCUUCCUGAUGAGAUCCAUAGCUGUGCUGCAGUAGCUUGUCCUCACUGAUGUGUACAUUCAUGCAGCUCUGUACUGAAACGGCUGGUAUUUGAUAUUUUCGAAACGCACCGAGUGAAACAAAAUAAACUAGAAUAAAA